ACAUAUUUGACGCGUACCUAACCUAAUUUAAAAUUACAUUAUAUUCUUAAUUUCGAUUAUAAAAUGUGCGACAAUAGAAUGAGCUCGGAAAGAGAGCUAUUAGACGCUAUAAAGGAUCUUUUGAAGAAAAAUGGCCACUUGAAUAAAUUACAAGCGGAGAUGCGGGCAAAAGUAACAGAAGUUCUUCAAGAAAGACAAGUUCUGAACUCCGGUGACAGGAGGUCUGCCCCAUCCCCGACUGAAGAGGUGCUCCUGGUCAAUGAGCUAGUAAGAGAGUAUUUGGAAUGGAAUGGGUACCUCUAUACUGCAUCGGUUAUGGUUUCAGAGGCAGCGAUGCCUAAUGACAAGAAGAAGAGGUCCCAACUGUGCUCUGAGGUUGGAGUGAGAGAUGACGAGAAAUCAUCCUCUCUCCCUUUACUUUCGAACAUCGUAGCUGCAUAUACGGAACGUAUUAAACGUAAAAUAAACAAGUGUAAAAAGGAUUUCAAUUGAUCAUGCUAAACCUGAUUUUUUUUUUAUA